GGCGGCGUUUUCCCAAUCAACGGUGGCCAAAUGGGGGCUAAUGCUAAGUGAGCUAACCGCUGCGUGUAUGUGUGCGAGUGAGUGAGGCAAGUGCGUCGGCUGUUUGUGCCGCCUAAGUGCAGCCCCACAACCAGACGAGCCUCUCGCAUUAUUUGUGUCGGGCGAGCGACGUUCCAACCACAUAAAAGGAUGAAGAAUGCGUAAAAGCGACACCGGGACAUUAGCGAGCUAUGGCACCCGUCCGGACUGACUGACUGAGCGGCCAACGAGACGACGGGGACGGUCAGUCACUGAUCGCCUACCGGUUGAUCCACAAGUUGCAUUCCCAGCGCCAUGGAUUCAGAGCAAUACAAGGUAGAGCCACACUACAUAGACGGCGGCGGCCACUGGCACGUGACGGCGAAAGCGGGAGACUCGGACUCCAGGACACGAGACGGGGACGGCGGCUGGAGGCUCUUGGAAGUGUCGCUUUCCGGAGGCGCGCCGUGGGGUUUCACGCUCCGCGGCGGUCUGGAGCAUCGCGAGCCCCUGCUCAUCACCAAGGUGGAGGAGGCCAGCAAGGCGGCAGCUGUGGGCCUGGAGGCGGGAGAUGAGCUCGUCAACAUUAACGAGAUUCCCCUGAGCGGCUUCAGGCAGGAGGCAAUCUGCUUGGUGAAAGGAUCCCACCGGACACUCAGUCUCAUGGUGAAAAGGAAUAUGAAAAUGGUGGACAUUGUAGCUCACAAAAUGCCCUCAGAGAAUGACGUGCAUGUGGCCCGAAGCUUCCUUACCAAGAUUUUGCGAAGUUCCAUGAGGCGCAGUGAACCCAUAAGCAGGCCGCACUCCUGGCACUCCACUAAGUUCAACGAAGGCCAGUCCGAGUCAGCCAAAACGCAGCCGUCUCCACCCUCGGCGGCAGUGUGGCACACCUCAUACGAUGCGAGUUCAUCAUCAACUGACCUCUCCUCCGGUUGGGAGCAAACCAACCUCUGCAGGGUUUCCGAUCAGUUCAGCUCUCUUGGCAGCAUGGACAGCCUUGAACACGUCCCCCACCCAUACCUGGCCGGUCAGCUGUCCCCAUCAAAGUCCAACAACAGUAUGGAGCACCUCGGCGGCGGCGGUGGAGGCGGCAAACGAGACUCUGCAUACAGCUCCUUCUCCACGAGCUCUGGCACUCCAGACUUCACGCUUUCCAAGAGCAACGCGGCUUCCACCGAGAACGUCCUGUACAAAGUCAGCCAGUGGGAUGCCGGAGUGAGGCCCAUCAAUGGCAGGAUCGGCCAAAGUAUGAUAGAGGGAGUCAAACAGGACGACAGGCUGACGUACUUUCAGAUGCCGGGAGGCUGCGACAGCCCCCAAAUUGACGACCAGGCUGACUCCCGCCACUGUGCUUCUGGUAGAACGAGUUACGGACCAGUAUGGCACGUUCCUGAGAAAAAGAAGACCUCCUCCCCUUCACCUCCACCGCCGCCCCCACCGGCUCGCAGUGACAGUUUUGCAGCCACCAAGGAACGAGGGCUCGUCGUAGCUAACCCUGAGCCCAAUUCACGUAUCCCAGUAAAGCCCUCUGUUGAAGAUCGCAGUGGCCAGAACCCAUCCCCGAAAAACGACAAGGCUAGUUUUUACUCUCACGGGCAAUUCAGCUCAAACAAGCAGCACUCCCUCUCCAGCUGUGAUGUUCGGCAAGGUCAUCCAGCACAUCAUAGACACCAUGGCGACAAAAGUACUUUUCCCGCACAACCGUUUCCCGCUACUGCUCCCAAGCCACUAAACGUCGGGGGCUACUUCUCCAGCAUGCAGGAGCUCCCCACUAACGGUUCUGCUCAACCCGUCGGCCAGAACCUGAGGAGGAAUUUGAGCACAUCCCAAGCGAUUGCUCCCAAAGACCCAAUUAUUGACAGCAGCGGGCACAGCCGGUACUACUGUGUCACUACAUGUCAGCCUACUUCGGGGAAACCAGACGACAGGAAAAGUUCUGACACCCUCAACCUGGCCCAGAUUGGAAAGGAGCAAAAUUCUCUUAGCCCACAAGUAGUCACCAAAGCAAAAUAUCAUCUUUCUCCACAACAGCAGUACUCCUCGAAUGGUAGAGAGACUAACGGAUACAGCAAACACCAUGCUACCUCUGCUCUAGACACCGUGCCCCCUAAAGCCAUUGGUGACGACCUAAGGAGCCAGAGGGGACAAAGUUUACAAAAUGAAGAGGCUCCGUACGCAAGUUGUCCCCCGAUCAGACUCUCUGACCAACGGCGGUCCCUUCCUCUGCAGCACAGAGAAUUCAAACAAGAUACGAGACACCACAGCCAGGCCAGCGAUAACAUUUGCCCUAAGGCUACGCCCAUGCUCCAUUCGUUGUCCAUGGAUGCCAAGGGCGAGACCUCGAAAGGCGCAGACCCGGCGGAGACGGUCGAGUCCAAACAGAUGCGACGCAACGACCGCUUUGCCACCACCUUAAAGAGCGAAAUUCAGAUGAGGAGAGCCAAGCUGCAGAAGAGUAAGAGUGCGGCGACUCUGCCCGACGAGAACCAAGACGACCACUCUAAUCAGAGCUCCACCCCCAGGUUGGCAGACAGCCCCUUCACAAACACCUACAAGGAUAACUUGAAGGAAGCACAAGCUCGGGUGCUUAAAGCUACUUCCUUUAGGAGGAAAGAUCUGGAGCCUGUGUUGGUGGAACACCCGUCAGCUGAAGCCAUACCCAAUUACCCGUCCUCAGUGAUGGCUAAGAAAGAUGUCACUCCUCUUCCAACACUGUCGGAGGGCGGGACCAGUAAAUCUGGGCCUUUGCGCAUUGGUGGACGAAAGCGCUUUGCAGCAGAAAAGAAGGUAAGGUCCUUCUCUGAACCGGACAAAAUCCAUGAAGUCGGAGUAAAAGAAGAAGAAGAAGAAAACACAAGCUCUUCCCUGGACCAACAAAAUAGAAAAUUGACUGACCCCAAUCCCAGCAGUUCCACGGUCCGAGGUUCUCCCGGUGAAACGGAAACCGCGCUGAAAGGGACAAGAAGCAAUGACGGCGCCCAGAGUGGUCCAACGUACUCCGUUCUGGACCAGCAACGAUUAGGCACCUUUGCCGAGUACGAGGCCAGGUGGAACGUCCAGAAGAAACCUCCAGAGACAAGGGCCUCUGGACUAUUCCGGUCGGCCGACAACAUUCUGGAUCCUGGCUCGGAGGAGAGGGUGAAACCUGCCUGUUUCCAUGAGAGGUCCCGAUCUUCACCCUCUGCUGACUUCUACGGACAGACACCUCAUGUCCCUGCAAUAACACCGGAGAAGCAAAAUUCCCAGAUGGAUGUUCAACCUGCUGGGUCACUCAACUCUGCCUCAAGCUGCCCGGAGGACUGCAACGUGAGAGAGAAGCCUGCCGAGUGCGAGCGACCUCCUCCGGUGACGGGACACAGAUUCUCUACGACGACUACAGCCGCCGUCAACCACAGAGCAGCGGAGCCGGGCCGCUCUCAGGUCACGGACCGCGCCAAGCCUCCCCCGCCCAGAUGCCCCGACGACAACCCCGACGAGUCGACGCUUCUCCAAAGUCACGCCCCGAACGGCGAGGCUAAAAAGGCAGACGGCAAAGCGCAAGUCGGCGCAGUAGCGCGUCACACGCCAGCGCCCGCUUCCUCCUACAGGACGCCGGCUGCCAUGGAGGCGCGGCGCUCUCCUUCCCCGCAGUUUUCCCCGCAGCGACUGAGCGACAAGCCUCCUGUCUCACUGCAGGACCAAGACUCUAACGGGAUGGAAAACGGGACGGAAAAGCCAAGCAGCGUGGUAAAGAAAGUUCCCGUCAGGAUCGUGCGCUCGGAGGGAAUGCCGGAGAAGGAGAACGCGGGGACCUUUCCGCGAACCGACGAGGCAUCUGUGGCCGGAACAGGGGGUCCUGAUAUUAGCAAGCUCGGCAGCCUGGGAGCCGGCGGACAGGAUUCGGUCUUCUGCGCUUUCACUCGGCAGAAAGAACCCGACGAACCCGGUGUGACUUCGGAGGAGCCCAAGACGGACGCGACCCCGAGAAUGUCGGAGGAGCAGAAGAGAGAGGAGCUGGCCCGCGACAUCAUGGACAAGGACAAGUCGCUGGCUGACAUCCUGGACCAGAGCAAGAUGAAGACUACCAUGGACCUGAUGGAGGGCCUGUUUCCACAGGGCGAGCAGCUGCUGGAAGGAGCUCACCAGCGCAGGAAAGCGCCCCCCAAACCCCCCAAUGCCGCCCGGCACGCUGAGGAAAGGGAGAAGGAGGACAGUAUGGCGGCGGUUGCCAUGGUGACCAGCUCCGCGUACUACAGCACGUCGGCCCCCAAAGCCGAGCUUCUCAUCAAGAUGAAAGACAUGCAGGAGCACAACGAGGACUACGACGACUCGGAGGACGAACUGGACAUGGAUCUGGCCAACAAGAAGGCCUUUGAUCUGGUGCAGCAAGAACUGAUGGACAGCCUGAGCAAGAAGCUGCAGGUCCUGCGCGAAGCCCGCCAGAGCCUGCAGGAGGACGUGCUGGACAACAACGCGCUGGGAGACGAGGUGGAGGCGCGCGUCCAACAGGUGUGCAAGCCCAACGAGCUGGACAAGUUCCGCAUGUUCGUGGGCGACCUGGACAAGGUGGUGAGCCUGUUACUGUCGCUGUCGGGCCGCCUGGCCAGGGUGGAGAACGCCCUCAACAGUCUGGACGAGGACGCCGCGCCCGAGGAGAGACGCACGCUGACGGAGAAGCGCAAGCUGCUGAUCCGGCAGCACGAGGACGCCAAGGAGCUGAAGGACAACCUGGACCGUCGCGAACGGGCCGUCUACGACAUCCUGGCCAGCUACCUGCCCGAGGACGGCAUGGCCGACUACGAGCACUUUGUCAAGAUGAAGUCGGCGCUCAUCAUUGAGCAGCGCAAGCUGGAGGACAAAAUCAAGCUGGGCGAAGAGCAGCUCAAGUGCCUGCUGGACAGUCUGCCCAUUGAGCAGCGCUUGGACUUUUGAGACGCUUGAAGUGCACCUCGCGUCCACCGGGGGCCGCCGGAGACUUAAGUAUUUCCCAGUCGGCCCCAGCAGAGCUUCCUUGAGAAAAAUGCUGCUUGUUCCUGGCACCUGUGUUGAAUACAGUGAACCCCUGUUUAUCGUUAGGGGAACAUUGCAGGACCCACCCAUGAUACAGGGAAUUCCACGAUGUAAAGAGACCAUAUACAAAACGUCUUUGGGUUUUUUCCCGGCACAUAAAACAAAAGAGAAGUCAACAUUGUACAGUGGUGCCUUGAGAUACAAGUGCCCCAAUUUUUAUUUAUUUAAAUGUUGUCAAGAUGUUUAGUACCGUGGAACGGUGGACGACUGGUUAGAGCGUCUGCCUCACAGUUCUGUCGACCGGGGUUCAAUCCCCGGCCCCGCCUUUGUGGAGUUUGCAUGUUCUCCCCGUGCCUGCGUGGGUUUUCCUCCCACAUCCCAAAAACAUGCAUGGUAGGUUGAUUGAAGACUCUAAAUUGCCCGUAGGUGUGAAUGUGAGUGCGAAUGGUUGCUUGUUUAUGUGUGGCCUGCGAUUGGCUGGCAACCAGUUCAGGGUGUACCCCGCCUCCUAGCCAAUGAUAGGUGGGAUAGGCUCUUGUAAGGAUGAGCGGCUCAGUAAAUGGAUGGAUGGAAGUUACCGUCCAACUAAACGUAAAACAAAAUAGAAUUUCCCAUUGUGUAUUCAAAACAACCGCACAACUUUGCCUUCCGCUAGCUUAAUGCUAACACACAAUGCAAAACGCCAUAGACGGACUAAUGAAUAGCAUCGAUAGUGGUGCUGUUACAAUUCUUUCAGCAACGGAUAUUUGAAUACAAACGGUGGAUCGACACAUAGGUAGACAAUAUAACAAUACGGCAAUACUCAGGCAUAUUUUAUCCUCUGUGAAAAACGUCUAAUAUUACUGCAGCUUACUGCGUUACAGUAUCUUUGACACUAUUCUUCCUUCGUGUCUGGAAUCCAUGACACAACUCCAAAUUUGCCAGACAACUGUAAAAACCCAUUAAAAAAAAAAUUAAAAAAAAUAAUCAUUUUUCAAUUUAAAAAAUCAGCCUUUACGGCAAGGACGUAAACGGCGAUACACAGGGGGUUCACUGUAUCUUUUUUUUGUUUUGUUUUUUUGUUUUUUUUUAGUAAUUUAUUGUAGCCUUCGGAUUGGCACAGCAGACGGACAACUUUUUUGCGCUUGGAGCCGCCACGUGACCUCGACAUAACCACUAUUUAUCGUCUUUUCACGCCACGCAUUUCAUUUUUUUAUUUUUUUUUUUGUCAACAGUUAGUGGCCUUGAAGCGAGAUCCCUAUGUGACUGCCUCCCCCUUGUUGUUGACAAUUUAGAGAGCACUUGGCCACACAAGAGACGCACUUGACAUUCAGCGACAAGUGCCUGCCGCCCGGCGCCCACCGCACUGACGCCAACGUCCUCCCAAGGCCGUGCUAAAUUGAAGAAAUGUUUAUUGUUCUAUGUUAUGAACACCUGUGACUUUUUAUAACAGUUCCUCUGAGUUGUUUUGUUCUUUUAGAAUUGCACGGUGAGCCGGAUCAAAGUGGUAUAUGUCCCACGGGCUGUACGUUGCGCACCCCUGUUUUCAAGGCCCUCCUGUGUGUCGUUUUCACGCAGACAUUAGUUGCCACACCAUAAGCAUUCCCAACCUGCUUGAAGAUUAAA